AUGGCGUCUGAAGCAUGCCCCAUUCCUCCUCCAGAGCCGACACUUUCAUUUACACAAGGGCUCAUUGUUGGCCAAUUAUCCAUGGUACUAAUUUUGGCCGCUUUCAUCAAGUUCUUCAUCUUUGGCGACCCUCCAUCACCAGAUGUCACGGCAUCACUGAGGGCGACUGAGAGACGGUCCAGGACUUUGGCUCAUAAACAGUCGUUACUCAGCCUCAGAAGGCCAAGCAGCCGACAAGGACAACUACUCAGUCGCAAGAAGUCGACCAUCUUGAGAACUCCUCCGUCCCUGACGAUAGGGUCUAUUCUGAGCAAAACGUAUUACAACGUAGACAGUCAUCAACCAGAAAGUCUAGACUGGUUCAACGUUUUGAUCGCCCAGACUCUUGCGCAAUUUCGCAGCGAUGCACAACAUGACGACGCCAUCCUGAAUUCUUUGACAAAGGCACUCAAUGGAACGUCGCGGCCCGAUUUUCUGGACGAAAUCCGAGUAACGGAGCUGAGCCUAGGUGACGAUUUCCCCAUUUUCAGCAACUGUCGAAUCAUCCCGGUUGAUGAAGACGGCCUGAGCCUAGGCAAUGGGAGGAACUUCGACCCGGCCACAGCGGCCACGGAUGGGACUCGUCUACAAGCUCGGAUGGAUGUCGAUCUGAGUGACAUGCUUACGCUGGCGCUUGAGACAAAACUUCUCCUAAACUACCCCAAAAAGCUCUCGGCUGUCCUGCCUGUGGCUUUGGCCGUGUCCAUUGUGCGCUUCAGCGGAACAUUGUCUAUCUCAUUCAUCCCCAGCAAUCCAUCACAAUCCACGCCUACCAUGAUGACUUUUAGCUUUCUUGAUGACUAUCGGCUGGAUUUCUCCAUCCGCAGUCUUCUCGGUAGCCGUUCACGCCUACAGGACGUACCGAAGAUUGCGCAACUCGUGGAAGCUCGUCUACACCGAUGGUUCGAUGAGCGAGCUGUAGAACCUCGUUUCCAGGAAAUCGCGCUGCCCAGUUUGUGGCCACGGAAAAAGAAUACCCGAGGCCCUGACGAUACCAUGGCUGAAAGCGCCAGCACAACGUCACGAACUAAAGGCAAGGAUAUCGCCCGGGAUCUACGCGAAGAGGCACGGAAGGAGGUAGCAGCCGAGGAAGAAAACCGCGAGCAAGCCUCUCUUCGACAGCGACGAAAAGCCAAGGAAGAAGACGAUUUCGAGAUGCCUGGCUCGCUCCCUAAUAUAAACACAGACAUUCGUCCCUAG